AUGGAAUGCCAUGCAUUCCUAGCCCAUGUCGUUAACGAAAAGCAGGAAGUUAAAGACCUCGAGAGCAUCCCCGAAGUCUGCAACUUUCCUGAUGUCUUCCCCGAAGAUCUUCCAGGAAUUCCUCCCGAGCGCCAAGUCGAGUUUCGUAUCGACUUAGUUCCUGGAGCUACUCCGGUAACUAAAUCUCCAUAUCGUCUAGCGCUAGCAAAAAUGCAAGAGUUAUCCAGCCAGCUCAAUGAGCUGAUCAACAAAGGAUUCAUAAGACCGAGUUCCUCACCCUGGGGAGCCCCAAUUUUAUUCGUGAAAAAGAAAGAUGGAUCCUUUCGGAUGUGCAUUGAUUAUCGAGAACUGAACAAGCUUACCAUCAAGAACCGUUAUCCCUUACCCAGAAUCGACGACCUCUUUGAUCAGCUUCAGGGAGCCAAUUACUUCUCUAAAAUAGAUCUAAGAUCAGGGUACCAUCAGUUACGAGUUCACGAGAAUGAUGUUCCCAAGACAACAUUUCGAACUCGUUAUGGACACUACGAAUUUGUAGUAAUGCCCUUCGGUCUAACCAACGCACCCGCGAUAUUCAUGGAUCUGAUGAAUCGGGUGUGCCGCCCUUUCUUAGACAAGUUUGUAAUCGUGUUCAUUGAUGAUAUACUUGUCUACUCUCGGAGUGAGGAAGAUCAUAGACAGCACUUGAGACAGGUGUUGGAAACACUAAGGGCGGAGAAACUUUAUGCAAAAUUUUCAAAAUGCGAGUUUUGGAUCAGAAAAGUAACCUUCCUUGGUCACGUGGUUAUCGAGGAAGGCAUACAUGUAGACCCUUCCAAAAUCAAAGCGAUUGAGAAUUGGUCAGCACCGAAGACGCCCAUAGAAAUCCGUCAAUUCUUGGGUCUCGCUUGCUAUUAUCGCAGGUUUAUCCAAAACUUCUCCAAAAUCGCUAAGCCUUUAACCACCUUGACACAGAAAGGUGUAACCUUUAGUUGGGGAGAAAAGCAAGACACUGCGUUUCAAACAUUGAAGCUGGCCAUAUGCAUCGCACCUAUCUUGUCCCUGCCCGAAGGGACGGAAGACUGCGUUGUCUACUGUGAUGCAUCCAAUCAGGGCCUAGGUUGUGUGCUCAUGCAGCGAGGAAAGGUUAUCGCCUAUGCCUCGAGGCAGCUGAAAACCCACGAAGUCAAUUACACAACUCACGAUCUAGAGUUGGGAGCAGUGGUCUUUGUGUUAAAGAUUUGGAGACAUUAUCUCUAUGGAACCAAGUGCACUGUCUUCACCGACAAUAAGAGCUUACAACAUAUCCUUGACCAGAAAGAGUUAAAAAUGAGGCAACGGCGAUGGGUAGAGCUACUCAGUGAUUAUGAGUGCGAAAUACGCUAUCAUCCCGACAAGGCUAAUGUGGUAGCAGAUGCCCUCAGCUGCAAGGAGUAUUCAGGUCGUAGAGUGAAGGCACUGACAAUGACCAUCCAUUCCCAAUUAUCCGCGCAAAUCAGAGAGGCUCAGCUGGAAACCUUAAAACCAGAGAGUAUGUCGAAUGAAGCCCUGAGAGCAAUGGAAAAGAACUUAGAGGAUCCUCAAAACAGAACUCUUUCUCUAGUGUGUACAAUCAAGCCGGUGCCGUCCCGCGAUCCUGAGAAAAAACCUGAAAUACAUAACACAUAA